CAAGCUCCUGAUUUAACUUUAUUAAAUCAAAGAAUAUCUGAUGUAAUGGAAGUAUUAGGUGAUUUUAGAAAAAGAAGAGAAGAAGGCAGAAGUAGACCAGAAUAUGUUCGACAAUUAAAGAAAGAUUUAUGUACAUAUUAUAAUUACAAUGACUAUUUGAUGGAUAAAUUUUUACAUCUAUUUCCACUAGAGAUCAAAGAAUUUUUAGAAGCUAAUGAAGUACAGAGACCUGUAACAAUUCGUACAAAUACUUUAAAAACAAGGAGAAGGGAUUUAGCACAGGCAUUAAUCAACCGAGGUGUAAAUUUAGAUCCUAUUGGUAAAUGGUCAAAAGUUGGUUUAGUUGUUUAUGAUUCUCAAGUACCAUUAGGAGCUACACCAGAAUAUUUAGCUGGUCAUUAUUUGAUUCAAGGUGGUGCCAGUUUCCUACCAGUUAUGGCCCUUGCACCACAAGAAAAUGAAAAAAUAUUAGAUAUGUGCUCAGCUCCAGGUGGUAAAACUUCUCAUAUAGCUGGACUAAUGCGAAAUACAGGUUUAUUAGUAGCUAAUGAUGCCAGUGCUGAGAGAGCUAAAGCUGUAGUAGGUAAUUUACAUCGUAUGGGAGUAAUCAAUACAGUUGUAUGUUCAUAUGAUGGUAGAGGUUUUCAUGAGUUAACUAAGGGAUUUGAUAGAGUACUGUUAGAUGCACCUUGUUCUGGAACAGGUGUUAUUUCUAAAGAUCCUGAAGUUAAAGUCAACAAGACCCAUGAAGAUAUAACAAAGUGUGCAAUGAUACAGAAAGCAUUAUUAUUAUCAGCUAUAGAUAGUUGUUCAGCUAAAUCUAAAACUGGUGGUUAUGUUGUAUAUUGUACUUGUUCUGUUACUAUAGAGGAAAAUGAGUGGGUAAUUGACUAUGCUCUGAAGAAAAGAAAUGUUAAACUUGUUCCUGCUGGAUUAGAUUUUGGUGUUGAAGGAUUUGUAAAUUUCAGACAACACAGAUUUCAUCCCAGUUUAAAAUUGGCGAGAAGAUUUUAUCCUCAUACACAUAAUUUGGAUGGAUUCUUUGUUUGUAAAUUGAAGAAAAUCUCAGAUAAAAUUCCUAAAGAUGGUAAGAUAUAUUUUGUGGCAGUGGCAGCCAACUGGAAUUGGGGGUAA